UUAGCAGAGGAGGAAGGUGUGCUUUUCUUUCGUGUCGGUUGAAAAUCUUUAUAUUUUAAAGAUUUCAUCCCGAGUACUAUAGUUUUGGAACUAUUGUAAUCUUAGAAGAGGGUUAUUUGGAGGUAUUUUAAUCAGAAGACUAGCUGAAGAACUGGUAAAUUGUAUUUUUUUUUUCUAGUGGAGAUUAGAGGAGGAGAAUUUAUCAACAAGUGGACGGACCGAAGAUACUUUUUUGAGUCUUGGCAGAACUUUUGACUCUCUCUCGUGAUUUUCCUUUCCUCGGACUUACCAGGCAGGUUGAAGCCAUGAUCAUCAGAUAAUUUAUAACCUGAAUCCUCCCAAUCAAAGCAAAUAAAAGAAAAUAUAAAAAGAAAGUAAAAGAGACAUGAUAUUAAGGUUCGAAAAGUAAUUGGACGAAAUGCAGUUAAGAAGACAAAUUAUUGUGUGCGAAUUUGGCACGUUCGCAGCACUGGUUUUGUACCUGCUGCUGUACCAAGCCGUCCCGGUCUUCUCUACCGAUAACAGAUGCAACAAGCCGCUGGGUCUCGAGGACUAUUCUGUCCCUGACUCCAAUUUCGCGGCAUCGAUGGGCGGCAACAGCGCGUCAGGAGCCCGUCUCAACGGCCGCGGCGCCUGGUGCUUCGCGAUGAGUCAGGCCAACGGGCAAAAGGUCACCCUCACCAUUGACCUGGGUCGCGUGGCCCUCGUUUCAGGGCUCCAGAGCCAAGGGCCGCCGCUGAACCUCUUCGACGAACUCUACAACAGACACAUCGGCUUCAGUCUCCUGAACUCGACGUCGACAGCGGGGGAGGAAUUUGACGUUUGCUGCGGGAAGGAGCCCAUGACGUUCCUCGCGGACGACCAGCGAGGAGAAAGCGGCAAGGUGACGACCCAUCCGCUGGGGAUGCUCAUGCCCGCCCGCCGCCUCAGGAUCUCCAUGCCCACGGACAUCAGAUGGCCGGGUCACGACACCAAGUGCUUUCGCUUCGAGGUUCUGGGCUGCCCCGAAGACGUGAAGCCCUCCGCGUCGCUGGCCAUGCGAGCUGUCCCCGGGGGCUGGGUGGUGGCGACGUGGCAGAAACCGACGGUGCUCAUCGCCGCGUCCGACAACACGAAGCCGGACCCGUUCACGCUCGAGGCCGAGAACUAUCUGGCGACGAUGACGAGGACAGGAGGGAAUGACGACGUAGAAGUCAUCCAGAGUAACUCAACGACUCGGCGAUUCAUGAUAACCGGGCCUCUGUGGGGUGCCAUCUACACCAUCGCCCUCACGUGUGACUAUCAGGGCCUGAGCCUGAACUGCGGAGGGUCCACGCUUGAUGCCAAGGUCGUCGGCUGCAACGUCACUGAACAGUCUUGCAGGAUCCAGAAUCAAGUGGUGUUCCGAAGGCCCUCCGAGCUGAAGGCGGAGGUGGUGGGCGAGGGGGAGGUUCAGCUCUCCUGGACCACGGAAAAGGCGGGUUGGGUCACGCCUACGUCUUCGCUGGAGAUCACAGACCCCGAAGGCAACCUGGUGGAUCAGAAAACGCUUUCGAAUAAGAACAACAGCGUGCGUGUGACGGGCGUGUCGGGAGGCAAUAACUACACUGUUACGUUUAUCCCUGAGGCAGACUCGGAGAAUUUGCCUCGAUUCUACUUCAGUCUGCAUAUCAUCGCGUGGAGGGACGUGGCGACCUCGGCGCGCAAGGAGGGCUACGGCGCCUUCGUGACCGACGUGGACCUGAGUGCCACCGUCAUCUGGAACGGCACCUUGAGGGUCACCUGGAUGUCAGCCACGGUCCUGGGCGUGACCUGGAACGGGGACGCUACCACCACAGCCAACGCGGAGGCCACCACUACCACCACGGCCCCACCGACGACGACCACAGUGAUGGCAACGACCACCCUGCCAACUACGACGGAUUCUUCCACGACCACCACCGCCAUCACGACUCAGCCACCAAACACAACAGACGGGACGCAGACGGUCAACAUAAGCACAACGACCUCUCCAAUGUCAUCCACAACAACCACAGCCGCCCCAACCACAACCACUGCAGUCCCCUCGACCACGACCACGACUCCUACAACUACAAGCACGACCACAACCAAGCCAGUUACAGAGGCGCCAUCGCUGUCCGUCGAGCACAACACAGCGAAUGCCUUCAUGUACACCGUCACUCUCUCUUCCGAUAAAGGGGAAGUGGAACAGAACGUGAGCAUGACGAGCAGCCUCUACAUGCGCCACGACUUCUGGUACUUGAGUAUGGAGAAUCAGUACAGCAUCGCCCUUACGUGUCACUUCGGCGGGGUCUCCGUGCAGUGCGGGUCGUACGUCCUUUACGUCGACAAGCCCCUGCAGUGGUCCGACGUGAACGACCGCUUCGUGGUGUACGCGGAGGGGCGUGGCCUCGGCGGCUGGGAGCACCAGGAGAUGGAGUGCAGGAAAGGCGAGGGGACGCUCGUGUCCUUAGCCACGUACGAGGAGGACGAGAGGCUCCUGACGGCUCUCGUCGCCAAGGGCACGCCGCCGCACCUCGACGCCUAUUGGCUGGGACUCAACAUGUGCCCCGACUAUGAUGGCGAUGUGUGGAGUGACGGCUCGCUGUGGCAGCACUCGAGGCUGCCCAACGUGAGGCCCAUGUUGUCCAGCGAGACGUGCUGCAUCAAGGCCGUGUGGAAGCCGGAGGUGCAGAACUACAACUGGCUCGGGGAGAACUGCGAGGCGCUCUUCCCGACCGUGUGCGAGUUCCAUCCGCAAGGUCUUGUGGGCAGGAUCGUCGACCUGCAACGUAGCGACGCGUCUAUCACGGAGGCGGCCGCGACCUGGAAAUACCAACCCGAUUUCUGGACGCCCAACCUCUUCGUCAUCACGACCUGCGAAGUGAUGGACCUCGAGGACCUGGGGACCGCGGAAAGGAAGGCGUCGUCAGAGUGCUUCUUAGGGAACGUCACCAUCAACGCGACGGAGUUCACCCAAGAGAACCUCGACCCUUACACGGAAUACCAAGUCAACGUCAGCGCAAGUCUCACCAGCAUCGGCUACACGGGUCCCUCCUCGGCCGCCUUCGUCAGAACUCAUCCUGAAACACCGGUGAUGGUUCAGGUCCUUCCCUCAGGUCACCUCCGGGUCGUGUGGGCGCAGAAGGUCGCCGAGUUCGCAGAGGACGACAACGUGGUGAUGAAAGUGACCGACGGCGACGGCGAGGAGCGGCAGCAGACGAUACAGGCGAGGGGCGUGGUUCUCGACGGCCUCAAGCUGGGCGCGACCUACACCGUCAAUCUGGAGGAGCUCGGAGGGCGGCGGAGGAAGGAGGCGGCGUCCGUGCAAGCUUACCCCCCGUGCGAGUGUGGCGACGAGUGCCAUCUCCUAGGCUGGUGUUUCGAGCCGUCGCCCGCGAAGGUCAACUCCAUCACGGCGAUCAGGGAGUGCCAGGACGAGGAGAAGAGCCUCGCCACGGUCUCCAGCUCGGAGCAGGUCGAUCUCCUCCUCAAGAUGGCGGACAAGGUCGGGGACGACUUGUGGGUGUCAGAGAGGUCGGAGAGAUUGUCGGCGUCCCGAGAUACUCUCAGACUCUUGGCGGAAGGCGAAGCAGAAAUUCUCGACGACGAGUCUGCCGCCGAACCAACCACCACCAUCCCGAUGCCCUCCCAGUGCCUCGUCGUGUCGCGGGCGGAGAGGGCCGUUGUGGACGAGCCGUGCGCCAAUAUCCACACCGCCGCCUGUGGUCGUAAGGUCCCAGUGGCCAAAGCCUUCCCACCCACGAGCAGCAUGAAGAUCGACGUCGGGGCCAGCUGGAUCUCGCUGGACUGGAGCAACACGGACUGGGUUUGGAAAGCCACGUAUACAGUGUAUUAUCAGAGGACACGAGAGCGGCGUUACAAAAGGGCCCUCAAGUCGAUGGAUUUCGAGGCUCCUCCAGUUCUUAUCAGCAACCUGCAGAAGGAUACUUCCUACACGUUAGAGCUCGUGGCGGACCUCGAUAACGGGUUCUUGUCGUCGUCCAAUGAAUUCGAAGCCUCCACUGCUAACACCAGCGACGGGGCGUAUCCAGAGAGGCUAAAAGUGGGUUGGGCGCCAUCCUGGGACUACCAGAUUCUACAGCUUGUAAGCGCGGCUAUUAUGGUUGCUUCUUGUAUUACUACAAUGCUCCUUUUCUUUGCCACUGGCAUGUUCUACCAGGACUGCGUGGCCCAGCUUGGGUUUCUGGCGACUCUUAUGGCUGCCUACUUCAACCUCAUGCUCGCCCACCCCUCGACAGUCAAUACGGAGAAUGAAACUGGGUGCAUCAUCGUAGCCAUCAUCUUUCACUUCCUGUUCACGUGUGCCUUCAUGUUCCUGAUGCUCGAGGCUCUGACCAUCGCUCACCUUCUCGUUGUUCAGAUUAAGAGUCCGUUCCAGAACUCCAACUGGCUGAUGAUGAUUGUGGGCGUCUUAAUUCCUGCCGUUAUCGUGUGUGUUUCAGCUGCUAUUGUUUAUUCGAAGUACCCGGAUUUCACGAAGCAUAACUGCUGGCUCAACACCGAGAACUCCGCCAUGUGGGCCGAGGCUAUUCCUAUUGUGAUCCUGCUGCUGGCUACGUUGUUCCUGCUCCUUAACACACUGCGUAGUCAGGAGACUCCUCCGGCUCUCAUCGAGGUUGAUCUCCGCGGUAGACAAAGUGAUUCUCACAAGCUACGUUGGGUGGUAUUAGCCAUGGCGGUGGAACUGUUUGUUGUCUGGAUAACAGGGACAACUGCAUACCAAUACCACGAUUCAAGUUUACACGUCGUUUUUAGUGCCUUCACUCUGAUCCUCGCAUUCACCAUAGUAGGCUGUCGAACCACGUUUGAUGACACGUUCCGCACCAAAAUGCAUCGCCUGUGUUGUGGAACCGAACUCACCUACAAGCGCAGCGAAAUCCUCACUCUCAGUGGGAGGUCGCGUGUAGGGCCCUCGCCUGUGCAAAUCAUGAACACCUCAGCGUCCUCGAAUAGUCCAGUUCGCUCAGUUCGAUCAGUUCCUUCAUCCAACGUCUCGGCUACUGAGGAGAGGACCAGCCAUGUAACUACAUCAAGUUAUUCACUCCCUAACACACCUCCAGAAGAGAAGACUCAGGAUUAUAUUCUCAUUAAGAGGUCAUACAACUUUAAUGAAGAUGAUCCUGAUGAUUAUUAUUGAAGAUCUUCAGUCUAGUUUGAAGGUUCCUUACCAAUUUAGGAAUAUUGAAAAAGAAAAUGGUAGUAGUAUUACUAGAUUAUUUUCCUAAAUUAUGAUCAUAUGAAUUUUAGUUAUGAGUGUUUUGUAAGUAAUACACAAAAAAAAAGUACAAGCAUAACAUUAAUUGCAUAGUUAUUUCUUAAAGCUUGCCCCUUUUUGUAGUAUAUCCAUAUAAUUUGCAAGGUACUUGGUUCAGAUUUAUUGGAUUUUAUGCAUUCCCACAUAUAUAAAGAAAACUAAUGAUUUUACGGCAGUAGUACUGAAGUUGUAGUGUGUGUGGAUAAAAUGUAAAUUCUUUUAAAUAAUCUUUAUUCCUUUGUACGUCUUGGUACAUGUACAGUUCAUUUAGGUAAGAAAUUGUCAGUGAUUACUGUCAUGGUAUAAAGUCUGUGAUUCUAUGUUGUGUUAUGUGAAACAUGUUUUCUUGUUAAUAUGUAGCGUAGUUUUUCUUGCUAGGUUUGUCUGGAAAAUGGAUUUUUUGUGACAGUCUACAAAAGAGUUGGAAGUAAAUAUUUUUAUGUAGAUAUUACGGUUUUCUCGGACAGGUUUAACAUACUGGAGUCAAAACAAAUCUUCAAAUGAAUACAAAGGACCUUCAUGGCAUGGAUAUAUGUGAUUUUCUUUUUGUAUUAUUUCCUGUCUGUGAUAUGUCACACUGUUGAGGAUGAACCAAUCUGUUCUCAUACACCAUGAGAGUCCUUAUGUGUUUAAAUAUAAGUACACUUUGACUUCAUCAAAUAAAAUAUAAGUAAAUCUUUUACAAUUCAUGAAAGAUUUCUGUAAUUUGUAUGUUGUUACAGUCAAUCAUGCUGCAUAUUACAGUAAGAUGUGUGGACUGUCAGCUUUAGUUUGUGUGCAAUUAUUCACAGGCUUUGUCUAUUAUGCUAAAAAGACUCCUUUUCUUUCAGUAUAUUCUUUUAUCAAAACUGACUUUAUACAUAUUCAAAAUACGAACAAAAGCAAGUACGUCCAAUGAACAGAGAUUAUCAAGACAGGAAUUCUUAACAUGACAGCAAUAAUAUUUUUAACUUGCAGACUGAGACCAUUUCUAAUCAGUGAUAUAUAUAUAUGUAAGGUCAUUUAUUACAAGCCGAUCAGCUGAGAAGUUUGUGGGAAAAAUUGAAAGCUUCUUAAAAACUUGCGUAUCUACAUUACAGGAGUUCUGGAACUACAACUAGUCACUAGAUAAAGCCUAAGGCCAGACCUCAGCAUCUACCCUAGUUACCAUCUUUGCAAUAUUAAUGAAGGUGUCAAGUGUGCAGAGCAAUAAAGCAAAAUAUAUAUUUAUAUAUAUAUAUGUAUAUAUAGUAAAUAGGUUUCAUUCGUUAUUCAGUAAACCCCAAAGUUAUCUAUUUUCCCAUUUACUUCAGCAGCAUCCCUAAAGUUAACAAUACAGCAAUGCAACACAAACUAUUAUCUUUUAUAUAAUACUCUACAUUUUCUUUCUUUUAAGCUACAAUAAUAGAAGAUUUGAUCUGUAUCAAAAUCUUUAUCACAAAAACAUCUGAAAUUAAGAGGGGUUUUGAAUGACCCACAAAAGUAGGUGUGCAUUCUUUUUGCAUAAUUAUCAACCCACCCUUCUAAUUUUUUAAAUGCAUUGGUUUCGUUCUGGGGCCCUAAGGGUACUCCCAUACAAGCAAGCAUAACAAGGGAAAGUAACUACAAACAUUUGUAUUCCUGUCUAUAAAAUCUGGAAUCGUGACUACAAACAGGUUCAGUAAAGUGUGUUAAUUAGCUUAUUAUUGGUAUGCCCAGCUGUUCCGGUUUGGAAUUGUUUGUAAUAUAUUGUGGAAUAUAAAGUGAUUUUGAAAUUAA